AUGUCCAGACCACAAGAGCAGUUCACACUCACUGAGGAACAAAAGAAACACUGGCUCAAACAUGGUUUCAUAAAAGUCCCUCAGUGCUUCACCCGCGAAGCAGCGGCGGCUUUUACCUCUUCGGUCUGGACUCGUCUUGGAGUCUCACCUACCGACAAAUCAACCUGGACGAAGGAGAAGGUUAACAUGCCAGGUCAUACUACGGUCAACGUCGAGGAAUUUGCUCCCAAAGCCUGGCAUGCAAUCUGUGACCUGGUCGGUGGAGCGGAUCGGGUAGCCGACUGGUGCAAAGACUGGAAGGACGGGUGGAUUGUAAAUAUGGGAAAACCAGAAUAUAGUCCGCAGGAUACGUUGGAUUUCCGAUCAUUAGGAGACUGGCACAACGACGGGGACUGGUUUAUCCAUUUUUUGGACAGUCCCGAGCAAGCGCUUUUGGUUAUUCCACUAUUCAGCGAUAUCAAGCCUAAAAGGGGUGGAACCGUGAUCUGUACGGAUGGGAUUGGCUUGGUGGCUAAACAUUUGUAUGACCACCCCGAAGGGACAUGGCCUUCACUCACCUCCCGUGAUGCUGUGAAUGUCCAAACCGAGGAAUACAACUACUGGAAGCGUUGGGCUACGUCACCGGAGUUCACAAGCGAUGAUUCAUUUCACGAGGCUACUGGGGAGAUAGGGGACGUUUUUCUUCUCCAUCCAUUUAUGCUACACUCCGCUUCCCGGAACUUACGACGCGACGUACGCAUCAUUCUCAACCCACCUGUUGCUCUCAAGGAGCCUUUCAAUUUCAACCGUGCAGAUGGCCAGUACAGUCUUCUUGAGCAGAAGACCCUAAUGGAUCUGGGUAGACCAACUGGCAUCCCUGAAUGGAAGGUGACAGGGUCAAGAGAGCUGGUUACUCCGAAGCGUAUAGAGAUACAAGCAAACAUGGCCCGAGAGGAGUUGGAGCGGUUGGAACAAGUAGGUGAGCCAAUCACCAAGCUGGAUGGGAUCAAACGAGUAGGGUACUAUCCAUCAUAA